GACUGUUGCAAUGACCAUGAAAGCUGUACUUGCUCUCUUGGCUCUGGCACUGGCCACUAUUUUGGCACUAGUCUGUGUUUUAGUUACUCGAACAGGGAAGUCUGAUCAGGGAUGUGAUUCUGAUUUACAACCUGAACAUCUCCAGAACAUAGGUGAGCAUCAGAAGAAAGCAACUGAUCAAAGUCUGGUAUUUUCUGAUCUGAAACCGGAAGAAUACACACAAAUUGUUAAAUAUCUAAAGAAUAGUCUUGGCGUAGAGUUAGUUAACGCAGCUGAUGCUAAACCAUCAGAAAAUUGUAUCUAUUACAUUCAAGUGAAAUAUCCUUCAAAACAAGAUGUGCUCAAUUAUUUAGACAGAGGAGCUUCAAAGCCAAGAAGGGAAGCACUUGCAGUGGUUUUCUUUGGAAAUCAAAAAGAUCCCAACAUUACCGAGUAUGUGGUUGGGCCUCUUCCAAAACCAUCUUAUCACAAUGAUAUCACUUUGCAAAAGUAUAAAGGUAAGCUACCUUAUCAUCGGAGACCUGUGAUGGGGAAGGAAUAUGCUGAUGUUUAUAAUUUACUUUAUCAGCAGGAGUUUUCCACAGCCCCAAACUUUUUAACAAAUGCCUUUGGCUAUGAUGGGACAAACUUUGCUUCUCUUACAACAGUGCCAAGAGGAUUCAAAUCUGGAGAUAGAAGUACUUGGUUUGUCUUAUUCCACAAUGUGAGUGGCAGUUGCUUUUCCUUGCAUCCAGUUGGAUUGGAGGUACUUAUUGAUCACAAGAGUCUGGAUUUCACCAAGUGGAUGGUUACAAAAGUGUUUUAUAAUGGUAAAUAUUACUCUAAUAUGGCUGACCUAGAGAAAAAGUAUAAUGAAGGGAAAGUGAAUGUAAUCCAGAUGAGUAGGGUUUUACCAGAAAAUGAUAUUGGCAGCAUGAAUCCAAAAGUCACACCGGUAGCUGGAGGUCCUGUCCAAUUUGAUCCUGUUCAACCUCGUUAUAGAAUCAGUCAAAACCAUGUUAGAUUCCAGUCCUGGAGUUUUGCCUUUGGUAUGAAUGUGAACACAGGUUUACGUCUUUUUGACAUCAGAUUUAACAAUGAACGGAUUGUAUUUGAAUUAAGCACACAAGAAGCUAUUGCAAUCUAUGGCUCUAAUGCUCCUGGUGGAAUGAUCACUAGAUAUCUAGAUGGUAGUUUUGGGAUUGGUAGAUUUUCCUUUGAAUUGGUGAGGGGUGUUGAUUGCCCAUAUCUAGCCACAUAUGUUGAUACCCACUACCUAAUGGAAUCAGAGACUCCAGAGACAGUAAAAAAUGCUAUAUGUAUUUUUGAACAGAACACUGGAACACCACUUAGACGUCACUAUUCCAAUAUGCACUCCAUGUAUUAUGGUGGGAUGGCAAAUACUGUUCUGAUCAUCAGAGCCGUAUCUACUCUAAUUAAUUAUGACUAUGUCUGGGAUUUUAUAUUCUAUCAAAAUGGAGCUAUUGAAACUAAGAUACAUGCUACUGGAUAUAUCAGCUCUUCAUUCUUUUUUGAUGAUGGUCUUGACUAUGGCUCCCGAGUCGGUGAAUACACAUUGGGAACACUUCAUACACAUUUUAUCAACUACAAGGUGGAUAUGGAUGUUGGAGGGAUUUCAAAUUCCUUUAUGACCCAAGACAUGAAGUUUAACCCCACAAAUAUACCCUGGCAACAAGAAAACAAGAUACAAAGACCAAAGGUGGUACGAGAAACAUUGAAGACUGAAAAUCAGGCUGCAUAUAAACUAAAUGAAAAUAUGCCCCGAUUUGUUCAUUUCUCCAGCAAUACAACGAACAAAUGGGGUCACCCUCGCUCCUAUAGGAUACAGCUGGUUAGCUUUGCUGGCGAGUAUUUACCAGAGGAUAGUCCUGUUGCAGAAGCAAUGGGAUGGGCCCGAUACAAGCUUGCAGUUACAAAGCAUAAAGAAGAGGAACAAGACAGCAGCUCCAUUUACAAUCAAAAUGACCCAUGGAGUCCAAGUGUGAAGUUUUCUGAUUUUUUAGAUAAUGAAGAUAUACAACAGCAGGAUUUGGUAGCCUGGAUAACAGCUGGAUUCCUUCAUAUUCCACAUUCAGAAGAUCUCCCUAAUACAGCCACUCCUGGAAAUGGUGUGGGGUUCUUUCUAAGGCCUUACAACUACUUUGAUUCGGAUCCUUCAACCUAUUCUUCAGACAGUGUUUACUUCCGUAGUGAGGAUGACUACACCUCAUGUGAGGUCAAUCAAGCUGCUUGCUUGUCUAAGACAGCCUCUUGCACUCCUAACAUACCUCCUUUCACUUAUGAAGGUUUUCGCUAUGUAGUAAAUUUGUAGUAAACAUAUAGAUAAAUGCAUGUUGUCUGUGGAAGCGUUUCAUACAUUAACAUUCCUGAUGUUUUAGAAGGCUUGCUGAGUUCAAAUCAGUUUCAUGGGCAUUAGCAUGCCAAAGACUCUUUCCAAGCAUCCUUUAUUAAUAUCCUAUUGGUAUGUAACCAUUACAGCAUAAUACGCAAGUUAUAUACAACUACAAUGGCAAUUAUUAGACUUGUGCAUGGUGAAAAACAAUUAUUCUAAUACUGAAAAAAAAAAAAAAAUUUAGAAUGGCAAAAUUUAGUCCAUGACAUGGUUUGGCUUGGCAGAAUUUCAACAGGAAAACUGGUGCCUAUCACUGAGCUGCCAUGUAAAAAUGGCUACAAUAUUGCCUGAUCAAAUGGCUAUACAAUAUCAGGUAUUUUUGCAAUGUCAAUUCUGAGUUGCCAUUAUUAGUUUAUUAUAUAUCGACAUUAAAAAAGAUAUAGGCAGUGAGAGAAAUUUUAAUAAUUUCAUUUUUGCUAUCUUGUAUUGUAUUGUGUAUCUUAUAAUGAGGAAUAAGAGUCAUUUUUAGUUGAACAGGAAAAGUCAUUGGGCAGUUUUCUACUUAUCCAGUCUGUAGCAUCAGUUUCUAUCAACUGCAUCAACUGCAUGGAGGUAGCAGGCACCAAUUAGGCAGGGCAAACUCACUACAAUGAAAGACAUUUAAAAACGGUGGAGGGGCAGCAGAAGUAAUUUAAUCCCCCCCCCCCCCCUUUUUUUUAUAAGGUGAGUGAGCAAACCUGUACCAAAACCGUCAUUAUUGAGGGUCAAAGCUUUUGUCAUAUAACCAAAUGGAAUAAUACCAGACGCUAGCUGCCCCAUUAACAA